AUGGCGGAGGCUGGAGCUUUGCGCGUGCGGGGCAGUGCAGUUACCUUCAGGGAGGUGCCAAAAGUGUGCCUUAGCAACAGCCAAAGAACCAACACUAAACACAACUUUAGCUUCUCAAGCCUAGGGAGACACCAGGCUCCUGAUAAGCAGGGAAGAUCAUCACCGGUUGAAGGAGAAAAUGGCAGUUACUCAUCUCGCCGCACAGGGGAGAUCCCCAGCAUUGACAACUUGGAAGAAAGCUUGCGGAAGCUUCAGCUCCAAGUGGAUAACUUGGCUUCCAGUCUCUGCUCACACCCAAACCACGAACACACCAUUGACCUGCACCCUGCAGCUGACUCAGGUCCUUUCAGUUCCAGGUGGCCAGCAGCUCCUGCUGGGAGCUAUAUGGAAUCAGGUGUUGGAGGCCCAGCCAAGACCCCAGUGGAGGCAGAGUGGUUCCUGAAACCAAAACACUUGCUCAAAUCCUUCGGAGAGUAUUCAGCCCUGACGAGCCUGGGCCUUCCAACCUUUGCCACGUCCCCGGUGAACCGGCUGGCAGGGCUGCUGGGGAGCGAGAUUGCAAGUCAAAACUCUUUGCACCCCUCGGCGGAUUUCGCUUUCCCUCUGAAACUCGGAGCCCCUCAUGUGAUCGGUGUCAAGUCUUUGUUGCCUCCUAAGACCCCGGUCAGAGCAUCCUUGCUGAAAAGGACCUCUUCCUCCCUCGACAGAGGCCGUUCGCUCAGUCUUGGUUCCUCCGAGACCAACCGCGAGUGUUCGCUCUCGCCUGCCAACAAACGCACCUGCUGGCUCCGAUCUCGGUCUCAGUCUCCAAAGCCCGCCUGGAGACCCAGCUCGGCCAAGGCAAAUGCCUGUGCACAGCCUCCCCCCCAGCUUGGCAUGUCCGGGGGAAACAGGAGCAAAAGCGGUUCAAAUAGGCGUUCACGGUCGAGGAUAUACAGGCCAGGGACAUUAGGCGCUGGAUCAUGGAUUCCCAGCAAGGCAAUCGAGAGGGGAGCGCGGAGCAAUCCUUGGACGCCUUACAGCUUGCCGUCUGCUGCCAUUUCCUCACCCAUAGCCCAGGAGCUCAAUGAACGGUUCCUGCAGACUCUCGCUGAAGGUGAUGUUGGGAGAGCCCUGGUUGAGACGUCUCCGUACCAGCAAGAGCUGGCUCGCCUCCGGCUCGAGAGUCUGCGUAUGGAAGAGGCGUGGUUGUUAGAGCAGAAGAGGCAGCAGGAAUUGGAACGGACCCGAGGUCCCAAGCCUAAAUGGUACGAGAUGCGUAACUCUCAGUUCCACUAUGAAGCCCGCAAGAAUAACGAACUGUUGAGAAACAGCCAGGAUGUACAUUCCAUCUAUGACUACAGGCACGAACUGGCAACAGCCUCCAAAGAAUUCUGGCAGCAGCCCUGCUCCACCCACCUGGAGUCCCAUGGAUAAAGAUCAGUCUUCACAAACCUGCAUUGUUGGGGCCUGCUUGGCAGUGGCGCCCUCCCUGUG